UACAGAGAGAUAGACGGACAGAAAGGAGGGCAGAUAUGGUCACUCAUCAGUCACACAAAGAUAUCCUUCCAAUCAAUGACACAUGUGAUGAAGAGUUAUCAAUUUUCUCCUCAGAUCAUGGAAGAACAGAGUUGAGAACUGGGGAUUGUGUCUCUCUAUCAUGUGAUGGGGCUCCGAGUAACUGUUCCAGUAUUACCUGGCUGUUCAGUUACAAGAGUGGUACGACUGUUGCAUUGUUUGAAGGAGGGAAGGUUAAGUCUGAAGGCAAAAAAGAAAGACUACGUGUUACAAAGGAGUGUUCUCUGGAGGUGAAGCCUCUGAGAGAGGAAGAUGAAGGUCGCUACACCUGCAGAUCCUUUCAAUCAACAGGAGUAGAGUUUGAUCAUGCAAGGCAUCAACUAGAGCUAAUGACCAGCACAAACAGACCAACCACAACCACAGUGAAAGCAAACACAACUUGCACAAGCACAUCCAAACCAACAACUCCAGCAGUGAAAGGUGGACCUGGGUUAAUAGCAGGGGUAGCGCUGGGUACCGCGGUCCUGUUGAUCGUGGGCCUGGUUCUCCUCAUUCGCUGGCACAGAAGGAGAGGAAACAAGAGGCCAAAGGACCCCACAACCAUUGGUCUGAACUCUAUCAGGGACACCCCACCAGUCAUAGGAGGCCUUCAUGACCAGCAUCUCAGCGUGGACGGAGAUCAGGGCGGAGGUCCAACAUACGCCUCUAUUGUCCUGCCUGAGGGACAGAGGAGCGUGGCUACAGCACAGGUUGAGGACGAUUCCAGCGAUGCAGUAACCUACGCCUCAGUGAGGGCCUCUCCCAGAUGUGGAGAGAAGGCUGGUGAUGUGGACGUACACUACGCCACCGUCAACAAACGGGCAUAAUAACAAAACGUCUUUAGAUGAGUACGUGAUGAAACAGAGCCAGCAGCAGCAGCCAGCAGUAGAAAUGAUGAAUAUAUAAAAAGAUAAAAAACUGUUAUUGUCAAUAAUCCAUAUUUACCUUCAGGUGUAAACACAAUUUUUGAUCAAUAAUUGCUGAAUGCUCUUUCACAUGAGGGUUAUCAGAGGAAACAGUGAUUCACAAUUAAUUACCGGUAACUACAAAUUACCAAAGUUUAUUAAAGUUAUUCAUAAAUUGCAAAUAUUUCCCGUCUGGUUUCCAUGAAGGAGGCUACUAGCUCAUAUCUUAUGAAAAUGCUAGUAUUUAGACAGCCUUUAGAGGGCGCCAUAGACUAAACUGAUGGGGAAUGUGAAAAAGUCGGCCUAGAACUGUUCUUAUUAAAAAUCCCUGGCUACAGUGAGACCGCAUUAAGGAAUGUUAAGUUUAUGUGUAAAUGUGUUUAAAGUGAGGGGUGCGAAUCUGAUGUUUUAGCUCAUGCUUUUUUAUAUUUAAGUUGCUUGACACCUUUUUCUGUUUUGGCAUUAUGUCGAGUGAGUAUAUAUGAGUGUAUUUGUGGUGGCUUUAUAUUAAAUAUCUCUGUAAGGUAACGCCUGUGUUAACGUUGACUUGAGAAACCUGAUUUCUGCUUAGGUUUUAGAUGAGCGAUUAAAAAUACAUAAUUUCCUGUUGUUUACCACUUCCACAUUUUAACAAAAUGAAAAUAAUAUAAUAGGCCUGCUCCUCACCAUUUUGCAUAAUGUUCAUGUUGUACAAUCAUUUGGUGAUGAUAUUGAACUGUUCAUUCAAUAAAAAUAGACGAUAAAUGCAACCCAAUAGUUUGAGAUCAGAGGAAAAGUGUUUCACAUGUAGGCUACUUCUUAUGCCAUUAAGCGCUAGCAAAGGUAAACCAUCGUAUUUUUCUAUCACUGAUUACACGUUAUUACAAACAAAUAGGAAAUGUU